CAAACAAAAAAAAAGGGGGACCACAUCCACCCCAUUUGAUCUUUGAGACAAAAGAUCAUCCCCUCACCUCUCUCUCCCUCAUUUCUCUCGGCCAGAACCAACCCCAGCAAGAAAAGAAAAUCCCCAUCCUCCCUUUUCCCAUCCUUGAAGAGAGCUCAAGCAAUAGAAGUCCAAGGGGAAAGAUUAAAAGGAGAAAAAGCUAGGAAAAGUGAGAAAGAUUAAGGUAAUAACCUUAUAUUAACUUUUCCUUUAUUUUUCUUCUAUCAUAUGUGAUAUAUAUCAUAUGAAGGACCUUGAGGUUGUUCUACAUAAUUAAAGUGUGGAAUAAUGGGUUGGAGAGUGGUUCUAAGUCCAAACACGGACUUAGGAACCAAACCGACAAGUUCACCGGAAAAUAACCUUUUAAAGGUUAUUUGUUUUGAUUAAGGUUUUAUGAUGUUAAAACCUUGUUAGGAACUUGAUUAGAGCAUUUUCGAGCUUCGCCGGAGUUUCGCCGGAGUUGGUCAAAGUUCGCCGGAGUUGGUCAAAGUUCAUCGGAAUUAGUCAAAGUUCAACCGGUAAGCGUCGAACGCGCUUAAGCUCACUUAAGUUUCAGGUAGAACUUGAAGGUUGCUACCAUCGCCGUUGCUCCAAGAGAAUUCAGGAGAAGAAGACGUGAAAUGGAGCCAAUUGGAAGGAUCACUAGGAGGAACCCGAUGGGCCGUGUACCGGGUGGGUCCGAACGCGGCAGUCGGGGGUCCACUAGGGUGUCCAGGGGAAGGGGCCGUGGAGGUCAACAACAAACCGUGAGCGAUGGCCACGUGGACACUGAGAGUGAGACUUAUUGGUCCUAUGAGGACUCAACCUAUAGGCCGGAAACCGAGCCGGUGGAAACCCCAUAUGAUGGGGAAGAUGACGAUGUAAGUGAAGAGAGUGAAGACGAUGGCACUCUUGGGAGGAUCGAGGCGCUGCUCCAACAAUACCACCGGGAGCGCGAAGAGAGGAGACAACGCCGAAGGCGCCGAACGGGGCAACCUUCGGGCAUGGCUUCGAGAGGAGGAAGCCAAGGUGCUUCUAGAGUCCAUGUUGAACCACAUGGAGGCCAAAAUGUGGGAGGUCCAACCAUAAGGAUCUCCAAAUUUAUCAAAGAAGCACGAGAUUUGGGAUGUAAACCGUUUGAUGGAACGGGAGACAUCUCCGUUGCGGCCGAAUGGAUCAAAAGAUUCAACGAGGCGGCCCUUGACAUGCAGCUGCCACCCAUCAUGAAACUGAGGGUGGCAACAAGAUUGCUCGAAGGCAUGGCGUCCACGUGGUGGGACGGGGUCAAAGGGAAAUACGGCGAAGCCGUCACAUGGGAGAACUUUCGGCAGGAGUUCUUCAACCAAUACUACUCCGACUUCGAGGUAAACAUGAAGAGGAGGGAGUAUACGAACUUGACACAGGGAGGCGCAUGUACGGUGAAGGAACUUGAGCACAAGUUCAGAAAGCUUGCCGAAUUCAUACCGGAGUACAUAUGUGAUGAGAACCGGAUGGUGAACCACUUCUGGGAUGCCUUAGACCUUGACAUACGCGAGAGGGCAACACAAUUGCCUAAUAUGACGUUUAGUCAAGUGGUUGAACAAGGCCUGAAGGGAGAGAAGGAGUGGGAGGAAAGAAAGCGGAGGAACGCCGAUGAGGCGAAGAAGAGGAAGUGGGAAAGCCAUGGCCCACAAGGUUCUAACAAAAAGGGGAACCACGGGGGAGGAGGAUCGUUCAGGGCACCGGCGCCGCCAUCCAAGGGAAACUCGGCUUUCGGCGGGCACAACUCGGGCUCACAAGCCUUGACAGCGCCCAGGUGCCGAAAUUGCAACAGGAGCCACGCCGGUAAGUGUCGUGACCCUCCUCGGUGCUACCAAUGUGGAGACACGGGGCAUCUUAAACCAAAUUGCCCUCAACUUGGUGGAAACCGAGGGGCGGGAUCAAGCGGCGCUACUACGGCAAGUAGAAGUCGGACCGGAGCACCCCAUGCUAGUACGGGGCAGGGGGGGAGCGAGCGCCAGCAACGCGCCGUCCGUGAAUCAAGGAAGGACGCAAGCUAGAGUCUACGCAAUGACCGAGGCCGAUGCUCGGGCCAACCCCGACUCCGUUGCAGGUAAUACACGUAUUCCCAUGUAUUUCUAGGCUUGCAUUGAUCAUAUACGUCGUAGGGAUUGAGUGCGGGCCACCCCGGGGUCAAAACCGGGCAAGUUAGGCCAAUUCAGCUGGAAACAGCCACUGCCGGCCAGGCACGCUCGCAGGCACGCCGUGCCUGGCAUCGUGCCUGGAAGGCAGUGGCAACCGGAAGAUUUUUGGCCAGGCACGGUCGCAGGCACGCCGUGCCUGGCACCGUGUCUGGAAGGCAGUGGCACC